AUGAUUUAUUUUGCAUCUGACGAUGACGACGAUAAUAGCCCCAUAGAUAUUGUUGAAAUUCCACCAGAGCGGGUUGAUGAGAUUUCAGAUAAUGAGGACAUGGAUGACAACGUAAUUGAUGAUGAAGAACCACUUGAUGUUCCCGGGUGUGUUGAAAUUCACCGUGUGGCAGGAUUUGAGGAAAAUGUUUUAGUGAAUGCAACUGAAUCUUCAGCAAAUGAAGUAACAAAAGGUACCGGCUUACCACUUAAAAAGAGAAAAGAAGUAUUGACUUCCAAUUGGAAAAAGAAGCAACCUAAGUACUCGAAACUAUAUGAAAAUUCUGACGUUAUAGAGACAAGGCGAAAUGAUGUCAUUAGAAAACUCAGGGGAAAAUCCCCGGUAGAGUGUUUUGAAAUACUUUUUGAUAAUGAAACUGUCACCUAUAUUGUCCAGCAGUCUGUAAUAUACACCAUACAGAAAAACAAUCAUCAAUUUCAACUUUCUAAUAACUGCCUAAAAACAUUUAUUAGAAUAUUUCUUUUCACUGGCUAUCAUUCACUUCCGCAAGAACAAUUAUAUUGGUGUGAAGAUGAAGACAUGAACAUUCUGUGUGUUAGAGCAUGCAUGAGUCGGAAUAGGUAUCUGGAAAUUAAACGGUACCUACAUAUCAGUGACAACUCCGAUUUAGAAAACAUUCCACUAGGUGAACGUGAUAACCUCUUCAAGAUUCGCCCAUUGAUUGACAAGCUGAAUGACAAAUUUCAACAAUUUGGGGUGUUUCUCUGA